AUGGAAGAUCCAAAAAUGACCAAAGAAGUUGACAACGAAAACCAACAACGAACCGGAUGCUCCCCCGAGCAACCCGACAUCCCUGAUGGUGGUUUUCAGGCUUGGUUAGUCAUUCUUGGCUGCUGGUGUGGUAUGUUCUGCACAUUUGGGCUGGUUAAUUGCAUUGGGGUCUUUGAGGCUUAUUAUGUGAGUGCAACUGGUCCAUUGCAUCGCUACAGCCAAGGGGAGGUCAGCUGGAUCACUUCAUUCCAGGCAUGGGGAAUACCCUUCGGUGGAAUUAUGUUUGGUCCUAUCUUUGACCGUUACGGCCCACGAUGGUUGCUCAUCAUUGGUACUCUUAUCUAUGUGUUCGGGCUUAUGAUGGUCUCUGUCUCAACUCAGUACUAUCAAAUCUUUUUGUCACAGGGGAUAGUCUCGGCCUUCGGAUCCUCUGCCAUAUUCAAUUCUUGCAUCUCUUCGGUCGUUUCUUGGUUCAAGCACCGCCGAUCGUACGCUUUCGGGGUCAUGGUCUCAGGAUCCUCUCUCGGAGGCGUGAUAAUGCCCAUCAUGAUGAAUGAGCUCAUUCCACGCGUUGGAUUUCAGUGGACCAUGCGGAUAAUUGGGUUCAUGAUUCUUGGUCUGCUUGCCAUCACAGUGUGUACGGUCCGACCAUAUCUACCACCUCAACCUAAACCUUUUCGCCUCCAAACUUAUUGUUCAGGCUUGAAGGAGCCUGCAUUUGCCAUGACUUGCACUGCAUCCUUUUUCUUCUAUUGGGGAUUGUUUAUUCCAUUCAAUUACAUCGUCCUUCAGUCCGAAAAGGCUGGCAUCAGCCCACACAUUGCGCAAUACAUGCUGCCAAUUAUAAAUGCCGUGAGCAUACCUGGACGAAUUAUCCCCGGAUUUCUUGCCGACAAAGCCGGCCGCUUCAAUGUUGCAAUCCUUGUGGCUGGAUUCACAUCUAUUUUUUGCUUAGCUCUUUGGAUUCCAGGCCAAAGUCAAGGUGCACUCAUCGCAUUUUCAGUGCUAUAUGGCUUCUUUUCGGGAAGUUUCAUUUCCCUGGCUCCUACUCUUGUUGCACAAAUAUCCGACAUUCGUGAGAUAGGCAGUCGUCAGGGUACCUGCUUUUUCUUCCAGUCUUUCGGCGCAUUGACUGGCUCGCCUAUUGCGGGAGCAAUCUCCGCAAGCCAGAAUGGCUCAUUUCUGGGCCUUCAGUUAUUUUGUGGAUUUUCAUUGGCAGCAUCGAUGGCUUUCUACAUCUUCGUCCGAAUCAAAAUUGCUGGAUUUCGACUCUCGAGGGUCUAG